AUGGCUUCCUCCUACUACUACCACAUUAUCCUCGAUAUACGCCACCCUUCCCAUCCCCUCUCAAAGAUCGCAAUCGAAACCGGUCUUGUCCCCAACAUCAAGGACUGCGCCCUGCCAUCCUGCGGGACUGACUUUUUCGCCUUUGUCCCCGAGGCAGUACGGUCCUCAUGCGCCUCACAUGAGAACAGGGGUGGCGGCAUCACUGCUAGCCACAUUCAAAUAGAGCCUGCCUCUCCCGAACAUAUAGACUAUAGGUUCUCCGUUGUAACCAUCGAAAGCAUCAGUAUGGCAUCCAACCCUCAAACUCAAAAUGAUAGCGACCUUUCCACCGGCCGGCUCCGCGGCAAGAGCGUCAGCUUUGCCGACUCGGCAGACUCUCACUUUUCGUCCGUCAAGGCACGCUACACCCCAAUGGUCUCCUCGACCGCCAAUAUUGGAUAUGGGGUUGUCCACCUCUAUCGAGAAACCACAGAAACACCGGGGCUCUUUGGCCCGGGUGUCGCGAAUAGCCCAGAGCUGGACGCACAAGCUUCGCCAGAAUCGGCUAGAGGAGAAUACUAUUCUACCAAGAGCCCUGAUCUUGAUAAACUCCCUGGGCAUGACGAGCACGACUCUACAGUUGUGGCGAUUUUAGCUGUGCCGGCUUACAUGACUCCGAGCGAUUUUCUUGGGUAUGUCGGAGCCGACACACGUGAGGCCGUGAGCCACUUUAGGUUGAUCCGAACUGGUGAAGACGUCCGCAAAUAUAUGGCCCUGUUAAAGUUCCGCAAACUCGAAGAUGCAAAAAAGUUUACCAGGGAUUACAAUGGCCGAGUCUUUAAUACCAUGGAGCCGGAAACGUGUCAUGUGGUUUUCAUCAAGAGCGUUCAGUUCCAGUCAUCGGAACCAGACUCUUCGAAGGGGCAUUUGGCUGGCGCUGGUCCGACCUUGGUAGACGGUCUAGUACCAAAAAGCCAUCCUCCUCAAUAUGAAACCGACCCGCCUUCGCCUUUUCAGCAGGCCCCUGCUACGCUUUCCGUUACCGCGGCCCACCUGACAACCAAACCGGCCCCGCCUCCGACGGCUUCGUUGUUAGAACUUCCUACUUGUCCUGUUUGUCUGGAGCGAAUGGAUGAGACAACCGGCUUGUUGACCACUCAGUGCCAACAUGUAUUUCACUGUGCCUGUCUCAGCAAGUGGAAAGAUGGCAGUUGCCCUGUAUGCCGCUACACUUCGAGUGAUAAAAAAAAUAUUGGUGGGCGCCCGAAGCAAAAAAUGAAACGGUUUAGAGAUGGGAAAGAGGAAUCAACCGACGAAGACGAAUGUGAUAUCUGCUUCAGCUGCGGGGCAGUCGACAACCUCUGGGUUUGGUAA